AUGUCUCCAGAAUUAGGCAUUCCGCAAGGAAGUAUUUUGUCUCCAAACUUGUUCUGUCUAAGCAUCAAUAAUAUAACAAAAAUAAUCCCUAGAAACACAAUGAUAGCUCUCUAUAUGGACGACAUAACCAUUUCUUUCCAAGACAAAGACACCAAUAAAAUGCAGACAGAAAUAAAUAAAACCUUGAAGGAUAUAGAGAAAUGCAAUAAUUAUAACAAUGUUAUCACCAACAAUAUUGAUGAUGUAAACAACAAUCAUACCAAUAGUGACAACCUUAACAACAACAUCAACAACACCAACAACAACAUCAACAACAACAUCAACAAUAACAACAACAGUGCCAACACUGUAGAUACCAAUGCUACAACCCACAGCGCCAAUAUCUGUUGCAAUUGGAACAUCAUCAAUAGUGACAACCCUAACAACAACAUCAACAACACCAACAACAACAUCAACAACAACAACAAAAGCAUCAACAAUAACAACAACAACAGUGCCAACACUGUAGAUACCAACGCCACAACCCACAGCGCAAAUAUCACUUGCAAAUGGAACAUUAUCACUAGAAGCAAGAAGAACCACAGCGAUAAUAAUAAUAACGUUAACAAUAAUAAUAAUAAUAACGUUUUUAAAUAUUGUCAAAAUAAUAUUAAUAAUAUGUAG